GCAUAUGUACUUCCAAUUCAAUAGCUUGCCUUCUUCUUAUCUUAAUUAUUGACACCCUCUAAUUUCUCCACCCCAAACGUUCUUCUCCUUUUGGUUGGUCUAAUUUCUGUUCGCUGCAAAUUUUUCAUACCCUGUUUGGGCCUGGGGACCUGCACGUAUUAAAUAACUUUCUAUAUUCUUCUUCUUCUUCUUUGUAACAUUAUUCUGUACGUUUAACUUUUGCUUUUUUUUCACUGCGUUCAACUUCCCAAAUACGUAGUACCCUAUCCAUGGCUGUUUGGUUUUCAAGGUCGAGAACUAUAGGGUAUUGUCUAAGAAAGAAGCUGGGUUUUUUUGGACUAGUUGGCCAUGAAAGCUCUUGUUGUUUUAGUCCUUCGUUUCGACAUAUUUCUUCUAUAAGGCAAAUUGGUGGUUCAUAUGGAAAUCCAAAUGGAUUUUUGAAUGACUCUGCCAUCCAUUUCCGCUCUUGGCGUUUCGAAUCCAGUACAGCUGAAACACAACUAGACCCACAGUACUUUCAAGAGGAAGAUGAUCUUAAUCAGGGCUUGGAUUUUCCAGGAGGUAGGGUAACAUUUACAUCGGAACUAAGAUUCAUUUCGGAGUCCGGAGAUAAGAGAGUACCCUGUUAUCGGGUUCUCGACGACAAUGGAGAUCCAAUCACGCACACCUCUUUUGCACAGGUGAGCAAGGAAUUGGCAGUAAAAAUGUAUGGGGACAUGGUGACACUUCAAAUGAUGGACGUGGUAUUCUACGAAGCACAAAGACAAGGACGGAUUUCCUUUUACAUGAGCACUACUGGUGAAGAAGCAAUUAACAUCGCAUCUGCUGCUGCACUUUCUUCCGAUGAUCUUGUCCUGCCUCAGUAUCGGGAGCCUGGAGUUCUAUUAUGGCGAGGUUUCACACUGCAAGAUUUUGCCGACCAGUGUUUUGGAAACAAAGCUGACUGUGGCAAAGGCAGGCAAAUGCCUGUCCAUUACGGUUCUAGCAAGCAUAAUUUUUUCACCGUGUCUUCGCCUAUCGCCACACAACUUCCUCAAGCUGUGGGGGUUGCUUAUUCUCUUAAAAUGGAUAAAAAAGAUGCAUGUGUCGUAGCUUACUUUGGGGAUGGAUGCUCCAGUGAGGGAGAUUUUCAUGCUGGUUUAAAUUUCGCGGCUGUUAUGGAAGCUCCUGUUGUUUUUAUUUGUCGCAACAAUGGAUGGGCUAUUAGUACUCCUAUCGAAGAACAAUUUCGAAGUGAUGGAAUUGUGGUUAAGGGUCGAGCUUAUGGAAUUAGAAGCAUCCGAGUAGAUGGAAACGAUGCUUUAGCUGUUUAUAAUGCAAUUCGCACGGCACGUGAAAUGGCCAUUAGUGAACAAAUACCUGUACUAGUUGAGCUCCUUGCCUACAGAGUAGCACACCAUUCCACAUCUGAUGAUUCUUCCAAAUACCGACCAGUGGAUGAAAUUGAGUAUUGGAAAAGUUCAAGAAACCCUGUAAAUAGAUUUAGAAAAUGGGUUGAAAGAAAUGGGUGGUGGAGUGACAAAGAGGAAUCCGAGCUUCGAAGCAGUGUUAAAAAGCAGUUAUUGAAAGCAAUUCAAGUAGCAGAGAAGACAGAGAAACCACCAAUUGCAGAAAUAUUCACAGACGUAUAUGAUCAUCCACCACCAAACCUCAAGGAGCAAGAGAAAGUACUGAGAGAGGACAUAAAGAGACAUCCAAAGGACUACCCCUCUGAUGUUUCUCUUUAGAUGCUGUAAUCAAAUGGCUGCAUUUAUUAAUAUUCUUAGUUUAAUAAUUUUUCUGCACUUGAAACACUACGCAGUACUAUUUUUUUUUGGUUUGGGAGGAACAUCAAAUGAAUCUUUCAAAAUGAGUCUUGUUUAUGGACUUUUGGUUGAUUAA